UCCUCCUCCCGCUCCGGCUCGCUCGCGCUCCGGCGCCGGCUCCGGCUCCUCCCGGCCGCCCGGGGCCAAGGCGACGUGAGGUUGUAAAAAUCCAUGUGGGACGGCCCCGGGGCGAGCAUCGGAAAGAUCUCUGAUUAGAGUCAUUUCCUGGUACAGAAUAUGAAAAGAAUGCAGUGAAAAUUCUGGCCAACAGUGGAAAUAUUGGCUUAAUCUCCAACUUAGUAUAAUAUUUCUUCUCCUAAGCAGCACCUCAUAAUAGAAGAAAAAUGUAUGGAAGCGCAAGAACAAUCACCAAUCUGGAAGGGAGUCCUUCCAGAUCUCCUCGUUUGCCAAGAUCUCCUCGUUUGGGCCAUCGAAGAACAAGCAGUGGGGGAGGUGGGGGAACGGGUAAGACUCUGUCCAUGGAGAAUAUUCAGUCUCUUAAUGCAGCCUAUGCUACAUCUGGACCCAUGUAUCUGAGUGAUCAUGAGGGGGUGGCUUCGACAACUUACCCAAAGGGCACCAUGACCCUGGGGAGGGCCACAAAUAGAGCUGUGUACGGAGGCCGAGUCACAGCCAUGGGGAGUAGUCCCAAUAUUGCUUCCGCUGGACUUUCCCACACAGAUGUCCUUUCUUAUACGGAUCAACAUGGUGGUCUGACCAGCUCGUCCCAUCAUCACCACCAUCAAGUCCCCUCCAUGUUGAGGCAAGUUAGAGAUAGCACAAUGUUAGACCUUCAGGCCCAGCUCAAGGAACUUCAGAGAGAGAAUGACUUCCUUCGGAAAGAGCUAGACAUCAAGGACAGCAAGUUGGGAUCUUCCAUGAACAGUAUCAAAACCUUCUGGAGUCCUGAGCUCAAGAAGGAAAGAGUCUUGAGGAAAGAAGAGGCAGCCCGGAUGUCCGUCCUCAAGGAGCAGAUGAGGGUUUCCCAUGAAGAAAAUCAGUUACUGGAUGCCAGAAGAACCAAGCACCUGCAGUUGACAAUCCAGGCCCUUCAGGAUGAGCUGCGCACCCAGAGAGACCUCAACCACCUUCUGCAGCAGGAGAGUGGCAACCGAGGCGCCGAGCACUUCACCAUCGAGCUGACGGAGGAGAACUUCCGGCGGCUGCAAGCUGAGCAUGACAGGCAGGCGAAGGAGCUCUUCCUCCUGAGGAAGACUUUGGAGGAGAUGGAGCUGAGAAUCGAAACGCAGAAACAGACCCUUAAUGCUCGGGAUGAGUCGAUUAAAAAGCUUCUGGAGAUGUUGCAAAGUAAAGGCUUGCCGUCCAAAAGUCUAGAGGAUGACAAUGAACGGACACGGCGCAUGGCAGAGGCUGAGUCUCAAGUCAGCCACUUAGAAGUGAUUUUAGACCAGAAAGAGAAGGAAAACAUACAUCUUAGAGAGGAAUUGCACCGAAGAAGCCAACUUCAGCAGGAGCCGGCAAAGACGAAGGCGCUCCAGACUGUCAUCGAAAUGAAGGACACAAAAAUUGCUUCAUUGGAGCGAAACAUAAGGGACCUGGAGGAUGAGAUCCAGAUGUUAAAAGCCAAUGGUGUGCUGAACACUGAGGACCGUGAAGAAGAGAUCAAACAAAUAGAGGUUUACAAAAGUCACUCCAAGUUCAUGAAAACGAAGAUUGAUCAGCUGAAGCAGGAACUUUCAAAGAAGGAGUCAGAACUUCUUGCCUUACAAACAAAGCUUGAAACCCUUAGCAAUCAAAAUUCAGAUUGCAAGCAACACAUUGAAGUGCUUAAAGAGUCGCUUACUGCCAAAGAACAGAGGGCCGCCAUUCUUCAGACCGAGGUAGAUGCGCUGAGAUUACGAUUGGAAGAGAAAGAAUCUUUUCUCAAUAAAAAAACAAAACAGCUGCAGGACCUCACGGAAGAGAAGGGGACACUGGCUGGAGAGAUUCGUGACAUGAAGGAUAUGUUAGAAGUGAAGGAACGAAAAAUCAACGUUCUUCAGAAAAAGAUUGAAAACUUGCAAGAACAACUUAGGGAUAAAGACAAGCAACUGACCAACCUGAAAGACAGAGUGAAGUCCUUGCAGACGGAUUCCAGUAAUACAGACACUGCCCUGGCGACGCUCGAGGAAGCUUUGUCAGAGAAGGAAAGAAUAAUUGAGCGUUUGAAAGAACAGCGGGAGAGAGAUGAUCGGGAAAGACUAGAAGAGAUAGAAUCCUUCCGAAAAGAGAACAAAGACCUGAAAGAGAAGGUCAAUGCUUUACAAGCUGAACUGACUGAAAAAGAGUCUAGUUUAAUAGACCUCAAGGAACAUGCAUCUUCAUUAGCCUCAGCAGGGCUGAAAAGGGACUCCAAAUUAAAAUCUCUAGAAAUAGCCAUUGAACAAAAGAAAGAAGAAUGUAGCAAAUUGGAAGCACAGUUAAAAAAGCAAGCUGAGCAGUUGUUCAAUCAGAUGUACAACCCAGCUCAUAAUAUUGAAGAUGACUCCAGGAUGAAUCCCGAGUUUGCAGACCGAAUAAAACAGCUCGAUAAAGAGGCAUCUUACUACCGCGAUGAGUGUGGCAAGGCCCAAGCGGAAGUCGACCGGUUGCUGGAGAUCCUCAAGGAGGUGGAAAAUGAGAAGAAUGACAAGGACAAGAAGAUCGCGGAACUUGAGAGCUUGACUCUCAGGCAUAUGAAGGAUCAGAAUAAGAAGGUGGCCAACCUCAAGCACAAUCAACAGCUGGAAAAGAAGAAGAACGCUCAGUUACUGGAAGAAGUCCGCAGGCGAGAAGACAGCAUGGCCGACAACUCACAGCACUUGCAGAUAGAGGAGCUGAUGAAUGCACUGGAGAAGACCAGACAGGAACUGGACACCACCAAGGCACGCCUCGCCUCCACACAGCAAUCCCUGGCUGAAAAAGAAGCACACUUGGCCAACCUCCGAAUAGAAAGGAGGAAACAGCUAGAGGAGAUCCUGGAGAUGAAACAGGAAGCACUACUUGCGGCAAUCAGUGAAAAAGAUGCAAACAUUGCCUUGCUGGAAUUGUCUGCCUCCAAAAAGAAAAAGACGCAGGAAGAAGUCAUGGCCCUCAAGCGGGAAAAAGAUCGACUAGUGCACCAGUUAAAGCAGCAGGUUUAUAGACCUAGGAAACAGCCCCUGAGCUCGAAUAUACCAUGCACUUGUGAUGCUUGCUACAGCCCAGAUAUUACGGCCAAGUACCACGGGUCCAGCUACGAUGCAUACAUGAUCCAAAGGUCUCAGACCCAGAACAGAAUGAAGCUGAUAGCGGACAACUACGAUGAGGACCACUACCACCACCACCACCACCACCACCACCACCACCGAUCUCCUGGGAGGUCGCAGCAUUCCAAUCACAGGCCCUCUCCCGACCAGAUGACCCAGCUCUGUUGGAGGCCCGGAGGCUCAGUCCAAUCUCAUGCUGUACACUGAUCACCUGUCCAACCUUUGCCUAGAGUGGGAGCCCCCAGUUCCUUCAAGAGAUCCAACUUUACCUGUCUGUAAAGAAGAAGCGGAGGAGGGAGACAGCGGGAGGAUCCGGUGGCAGUGUCACACCAGAGCAGCUAUCCGAAGGGCUGACUAAAGGGAAAAUGCAGCUCUGCAGCAAUAUUCUGAUAAUCUAUUGCAGUGCGGUUCACAUCACUGUCCAUCGCCACCUGGAAUGCUCAUCAGGACCGAAGAGGAGUCUCACUUUCAUUACUGAGCACGAUUCAGUUCGACUUGGUAUUUCCUUCGUCAUCUCAUGUCAUUUCUUAUGUUGGAAAGGAAGAAUGUGGCAAAGGAGAAAAAUGAUAAAUCCUCCAUUUUUUUUUGGUCAGGAUUUGGGCAGUUAAAAUUUGAUCAUCUCUUCUGAAUGUCAUUAUUUGAUAACAUUUUAUUUAUGUUACUUACACAUCAUCAUUGGAUCGACUUGAACUCCGUGGGAAUUAACUGUGGAUUCAGCUUCUGUCGGACAACAAGCUUCAUCUCCAGUUUUUCUGCUGGUUCAGUCUAAGUGGUCAUUCCUAAUGCAUUAGAUUAUCAAAAAGUAUGAAUUCUGUGAGUGAGUGGUGUUGGCGGUAUUUGUAGACCAAGAUGCAUGGAGAGUUCGACAAAGAAACCAAAACACCAAAAAUGGCAAGCCUUUACCCUCCUCUAUUUCUUUAAUCCGCUCUUUGAAGAACCACAUUUUGAUGGUGUAACCAGUAGUUACCUCUGGGCCAGGUUGGAAAUGAAAUCAAUUUUUUAAACCACUAAUACUUGCCAAGAAAUCGCCUUAUGAGAACGUGGUGUGUGUCUCUGACAAUGCAUGGCACAUCUAAAUUGAUCGUUCAUAAUUUUAUCUGCCCUGUUUUCGUAUUGGAGAGUGGCAAAAGCCUGAGGCGCCUGCAUUUAUCUGUUCCAUGUGCUCCGUGCAUCCUCAGGCUCUUACCGUUCCCAUACGUACAGGUCUCCAUAAAGAUGCUGGGACUCAUUCACAUUUCAAGAUCCAAAUGCUGUGCAAACAGUGUAAGCUUAGACAUGUAAAUGAAAGGUCAUUUCUCAAGUUUCUUUUAAAAUGUCUCCAACAUAGAUUCCAACGCAUUUUUAGCAUCAAACAUGAAAACAUUGAUGAAUGAGGAAUAAUCACAAAAGCUGUGUAUCUGUAUAUAGCUCUACACAACAUGUUUGUGGAUACAGUCAUUAUUUAAAGCACAUGCCAGGGGAAAAGACCGAAUUUUGAGGUCUUGUACAUACAGUGACAUGGUACUAAGGAGAAUUAAACUCCUACUGCUUCCUCUGAAGAUUAAAAAAAUAAUCAUAAAGUGUUAUAUCGUCAUAAAACUCAUGACCAAGUCUGGCAAACAUGUGCAACUCUUGUAUUGAUCCAUUUUCUUGUCAAUGGAAGAAACCCUUCCACGUGUAUGCAAGUGGGAGAUGAAAAUCUGCAUUUUUAAAGGACAAACAGUGAAUUUAAGCAUGAGUGGCCUUAAUAAAUAUAGUUGUCUUUCUUUGCUGCUGUGGAAAGGAUUCUAAACAGAUGAUCCUGAAGUCUUGCAUUGAAUUCAGUCAUUAUUAUUGCUUUUUAAAAUGUUGGUGCACUUAACUCUGGACCUCUCCCGUGAGCCAUAGAGAUAUUUAAAAGUCAGACACCUUAUUUUUCGGGAAAGAUGAAGCUGUGUAUGAAGUGCACUGUUCAUCCUUGGUGCAUUAAGGUAAAAUAGUUCAAGCAGGUUUCUUGCUUCUGGCUUUGUUCUUGUCGUAAGUAUAGCAAGCUAUGUAAAGCUUACGUGUUGCGUAAACCAUUCAAAUACAUUCGUGUUUAAAAGUUUGUCCUUUAAUUAUCAAAGGGAUCUAGGUCUUGACUGGAAAAAUGAGCAGAGUUCUUUGCAAGCGUAUUUAGCACAUUUUGACACAAUGUCACACUGAAAACCCAGGCCACAAAGGUACCCCCAUGAACAGUUUGGGUGUCCUUAAAUAGGCAGCACUCACUGCCUCCGACAGCCAAGUCCUGACCUGAACUCUGCAACUGAAUACUUGAAGUAGGAAGUAGGAAAUCCACUAGGGAUAAUAGGGUCCUCGAAACAGAAAAAUUAACCACCUGUGUAUAGUUAGCUAUUUCUAAGUAUGUGCCAAUUUAGUCACAAGUAUUGUUUGGGGGAUCAUUUCUUUGCCCCGCUUUUGUUGGUUAAAAAUAUUAUUGACCUUACCUUUAUGGGGGCAUAUCAUUUCGUCCCUGAAAAAUUAAAUUUGAACAUAGUACACCUCUUCCCAUUUCAUAUGUAAUAUUCUCUGCUGUUUGGGAGUUACAUAAAAUUCCCUUUUCACAUAUUAAAAAUAGUCUCUGGGUUUACAACGAACACUGUGAUGUUGGGACGAUAUUUCUUUCGCUCAAACUUGAGCAGCUUCCCCUCUAAUCAUAAGUUGGGAAAAAAAAGAAGUUGAGGCUAACAUUUGGGAGCAGUUGGUGUUCUUGCUUUGUGCAAAAGCAGGCUUAUACUUUAUACCUGAUUUGAUUUCGAUGUACAGUCUCGAUUUUGUAUUUAAUGAUUUUUGUGUAUCCAGUAUGCACGUUAACAGCGUGUCAACUUUCAUUUGAAAGUGGGUUUCAAUUUACUUUUUAAACAGUGUUUAUGACGAGACCUCAAAUGUGUUGACAGAAGCUCUAUCUGAGAUGUUUUUGUGUCGAGUGGCGUUUGAAUGCUGCCAGGGGUCAGUGUAUCUAAUUCCCAGAGACCCUCGUUUGAUAGUGCUUCUUGUAAUAUUUCUUCAAGUGAGUGGCAUGUGGUUUGUGAUAUUGACCAUGUGAUUAUGGACUUCGAUAUGAAACACAUAAAUAAAACUAAGGAACCCUCAGAAACUACCAGUGGGCAUGUAUUAGCCAGUCAUUGUAACCUCGUGUCUAGUAGAAGUACAAUGUACAAGAUAUGUACAGUUCAUAAAUUUGUUAUCCUGUGUAUGAGAAGUUCUUUGUGCUGGUCACCUUAUUUAUAUUCAUCAAAUAAACUCUGUUUCUUUCUGAA